GAAUUUUACGGCAUGCACUUGAAGGCAUCACAGUAACUUUUGACAGUAGGUGACUACUGGCUCGUGCGACCGCAGCAGCCGGUCAGACCAUCAACACAAUGCGGAGGAUGGCGGAGGAGGUUCAGCCUCGCACUGAGCAGAGUUCGUGGAUACCCAACUGGCUCCCCUCCUGGUGCCCCACUUCCCCAUCUCAGCUGAAAGACGCGGAGGAAAAAAUGCUAAAGACUGUGCAGCGACCCUACUCAAGGCAGCACAUCCGCAUCUCCAACAACAACUACCUGUGGACCAUCGCCUUUUCCACACACGCGCAUCCAAACCCCUCCCAGCCCAGGACGCCUCUGGUUCUGCUCCACGGAUUCGGAGGCGGCGUCGGCCUUUGGGCCCAGAAUCUGGACGCUCUGUCCGCCGGCGGACCGGUCUACGCGCUGGACCUGCUGGGGUUCGGACGGAGCAGCCGGCCGCAGUUCAGCGCCGACCCCGCGGAGGCCGAGGAGCAGUUUGUGGAGGCCCUGGAGGAGUGGAGGGAGAAGGUGGGCCUGGGGGAGAUGGUCCUGCUGGGUCACAACCUCGGAGGAUACAUUUCGGCGGCCUACACGCUCAAGUACCCAAGCAGGGUGAGACGUCUGCUGCUGGUGGAGCCGUGGGGGUUCCCAGCCCGCCCGGAGAACCCCAACCACUACUCCAUCCCGGUGUGGAUCAGAGCCAUCGGGGCCGUCAUGAGCCCGUUCAACCCUCUGGCUGGUCUCAGGCUGGCCGGGCCUCUGGGUCCGAUGCUGGUCCAGACGAUCCGCUCGGAUUUCAAGCAGAAGUACUCCUCCGUGUUCGACGACAACACCGUGUCCGACUACAUCUACCACCUCAACGCCCAGACCCCCAGCGGCGAGACGGCCUUCAGGAACAUGACCGUUCCGUACGGGUGGGCCAAGCGGCCGAUGCUGGAGCGGAUCGACGGGGUCAGGGCCGACGUCCCCGUCUCCUUCAUUUACGGGUCUCGGUCCAGCAUCGACAGCAACUCUGGGUACGCGGUGAAGAAGAGCCGGCCAGAUGUGGAGGUCAUCGUGAUCCGAGGCGCCGGCCAUUACGUGUUUGCGGACCAACCGGAGGACUUCAACCAGACCGUCCUUCGGAUUCUCGCCGGGACGGAGGGGAGAGGCACGGGGGGUGAAACCGAGCAGUGAAAAGCCCUGAUUGGCCAAAGCUGAACCCAUAACAGUACCGGGGAAAUAGGCGCCUUUAUCAUGCACUUUAUUUAUCACUCCACUCUUCUUAAGGCGAGUUAUUUGUGUUCGGGGCGUAAGGCUCCCAGGUUCAUUUUAAAUAGGUUUUGUAAAUAAAUGUGAAAUUCAGCGUG